AUGUCCUUGUGUGGAUGGAACAGUAGAGAGACGCCACGCAAAUCAAAUGCGUCCUUCGCAUAUCUAGCCAACCAGACAAACGUUUUCGGAUGUCUUCGAUUUACCGGAAGAACACCUCAAACUACGAAGCCGACGGGCCCAAUUUCAACGAUUGCACCUGCACUCGAUGAUGACUUUGCCAGAAAUACGGAACACACCACACCAAAUCCUGCCAGAAUGCCAAGUGGAGUCGAUUCAUCAGAUGGACGACCACAACGCAAUCGACGACCGCCGAACCGACUGCAGAUCGAGCCUAUGAAGAAGUCCUACUUGUAG